UUUCAAAACAUCGCUUAUCACCCGUACAUUGACUUUGUCCGAUAAUUUAUUUUUUUUAACGAUAAAUACUCUGGUUUUCUUGGAAAUCUCUUCGUUUUCCGAACUAGGAUGAAGAGGAAAAAUCGAAAAGCCGCUUUUCCUCAUCGGCCCUCUUAUUUUUGAGUCCUUGGAUGCCUUGAGUCGGCAUUCACGACGCAUCCGUAACCAACGACAUCCUUGUAACUUUUUACUAACAAUUCAGCCCCAGGGCCAAUUUUUGGAGGGCAGAAAGGACAUGACCAAGGUCUGAGCCCAGAUUGCCAGUAACACAGAGUAGGUGAUCUUCACAGCUUGCCACUUUCAGAUGUGUAAGGUAUAAACAAAAUACAGUCUGGAGAUCAACCCGAACCCACAACAUACACAACUCUGAAGAUGGUGAAAUGCCAAAAUACCUCUAACAGACUAAAGCAGAGAGGAUAGGUUCAGAAACGAUCUAACUACAAAUUCAUCACCUGAAAGAUUGCAGAACGUCAACGCAGAACAAUAUGAAAGAGAACAUGGCAUCGAGGAAGAGAAGUGGCUCUGGCUCCAAAAGACAACUUAAGGAGAAGAUCGUCCAGAUUUAUGAAUCGUUUUUCAAGGGUGAAGAUCUAGCCAGGAUGAACCCAAACUUUUGGGAAGAACUGUUUCUUCUUAAACCCAAGGUGACCCAGUUGGAAACCGAAAUUCUCCGUUUGAACGAAGAACAGUUAUUAAUGGCUAAGAACAACAUAAAUACCCUAUUUGUACAGUGCAUUGAAACACUCGGGAAUGAACAUCAGUUGAGGGUAGUCUAUGCUCUUCAAACUUUAUGUGCUCUGAUCAGUGCAGUUUACAAGACCUCAGGGCAGUGCGGAUUUGAUGUCAUUGACAUCCUUAUGGGCUUUGACGCUGCUGAACAGCAUAUGAAACUCUUGUUAAGCUACUGCAAUAUGAUUUUGAACGGGGAAGGUGCUCCAAACCUUAAAUCACUCUGCCUCAAGCUCCUGCUACUGAUGGUCACCGGAAAUGACAAUGUGAGUCAGAACACACUCUUGGAAUUUGUCAUGGUCAACAGCAUAUUCGAAACUCUGAUUCAGCUGCUUUGCGACACGAGGACCAGACUCGACCACGGCCAUGACCUAGUCUUACUUUUGACGCUUUUGGUCAAUUACAGGAAAUACGAGUCUGCCAAUCCUUAUAGCGUGAAGCUUUCAAUCUUAGACGAUGAACUUGCUCUAAACGGUUAUGGACAGGUUAUAUCGUGGUCUCUGUCUGAUUUCUGUAGGGCGUUCACACAAGAACAAAAAGAACCUCAGAGCGGAAGUUGGUUUUCAUCCUUGUCAAACAUUGUAGGAAACAUGUUCUUAUCUGAAGAUACAGGGACGAGAAAUCAACAAAUUAGGGCAAACAAUGGUGUGUUGGUUGCUUUGUACGAAGCCGUCCAUUUGAACCGUAAUUUUGUUAGCACCCUGGCGCACACCAGCACUGAAAUUGCACCUCCAGCCGAUGCCGAGAUAAUCACACCGGCAGAGCCGACAAACCUCCUCGGCACAUUUUUCCAAUACUGUUCAAUCGUGAUGCAAGACACAAAAUGCGAGGCGAGUUUCAACACGGUCAAACUCUGCUUUCUAGUCUUGACCUGCGUUGCUGAAGACCACUACGCCAACUCGGUUAUGCACGAUGUCAACUUGGUAUUUAAAAUCCAGCUUCACCGUCUUCCGAUGCGCCACAGGACUGUAAUCCCAGAAAAGCCUUCACAGACCCUUGCAAACACAUUAUUAGAUUUACUUGUAGAGUUUGUCAUGAGUCAUAUGAUGAAAAAAUUACCAUUAGAACUUUAUCUCUUGUGUGUCGGAGUAAUGCACAGGGUGCUUUGUUAUCAAAAAAGAUGCAGGGUUCGCCUCACUUUCCAGUGGAAGGAGCUCUGGACUAGUCUAAUUUCUCUGCUCAAGUUCAUAAUCGCCAAUGAGGGGCACCUUGCUAAAAAGAUGAAUAUUUUUAAUUUAGCCCAUCAGGUUGUGAAUAUUUUCAAUUUGUUCAUCACAUAUGGUGAUACAUUUUUAUACUCUCCGGCUAGCUAUGAUGAGUUGUAUUAUGAACUGAUCAGGAUGCAUCAGGUUUUUGAUAAUGUUUAUUCAAUGGCUUUCAGAUAUUCAGCUAUAGAAGGUGAAUUUAAAGACACCGCUCUAAAAUUAACUAAUAGCUUAGUCAAUGUCAGAGCAAUUAUAAAUCAUUUUACACCUAAAAUUGAUGCAUGGCUAGCAGGACAAGCCCUUUCGACCCCAUCUGAAGAUCAAAUUUUGGAAGUCGUGCGGAAAAAUUACGACAGUUUGACACUAAAACUUCAAGACAGCCUUGACCAGUACGAGAGGUACACGGAAAACCCAAGGCAUUCGGCUUUCUUCACCUCACUGGUCCGGAGCGUGGUCAACGACACCAAACUCAACAUAGACUUCGCUUCCCUUGACCUGCAACUGAUACUCCAAGAAUUCUCCACAAUCACAUGAUGCUUGAUAGAACAGAAACCAUUCAUCGUGAUCCUGAAAGAGUGUAAUUUUAUGAUUUGCAUAGACUUGACGAUCAAUUUAAUUUAUAGGCUGGAAGAUGGUUAACACCUAGAGAAAAUAUAUUGUAAAUAAUUAUAA